GUGUGUGUGUGUGUAUUUAUGUGUGGCAAUGGCUCCUAGGCUAUUAAAAAGAAAUGUUGGUGAUUAAACAAAAAUUAGAAUGAGCUACAGGUGUUAAUGUGAGUAAAGUUUAAUUACCCUUUACCAGAAAACCUACAACAGUGUGAUGGGUAUAGUCAUAAACAAAAAUUCUCCUUAAUUGACAUAACAGGAAGGGUACUUCAGUGAGCAAUUAUGCUGAUGUCCUGGACUGGCACAUGUGUGUGCCACAAAUAUAUCUUGUACUUCCUGCAAAAUUCUUUUAAGUAGCUAUAAGGAAGACGGGUUGGGUUUUUUUGGGGUCUUUUUUUUUUUCCAGUGGUUCACGAAAGCGAAUCACUUACUUACUUAAGGCUCUUUUUGAGGAAAACAAUGGAACAAAACAAUGCUUUUUGUAUGACCUGCCAAAGCACAAAGGAUGCAUGGGAUGUUAUUUUUCUUUGUUGUUUUUGUCAGCAGGAAGUUUUGUUGUUGGGAACGACUAUAACAUGCACUGUCCUUGCUCUACGUAAUCACUGUCUGGUCCUGCAAGCCGGGUCUUGUUACUUGCCUCAUCAAACUGGCACAGGCACCGUUCUGCUUCACUCUGUGGGCUUUGUUCAGCCCUGAGUGUCCGCACACUUACUCUUCAUUCGGACUGAUGCACAGUAAACAAACUUCAGGAGUCGGGUGGUCCAAUGAUUGCUGGGUUUGCACAGGACUGAAGCAGUGAGAAUGGAAACCACGAAGAUUAAUAUGUCGCGCAUCCCACUGGUUAACGGUGGCAUCGACACUGCCAUGCUCAAGGCACACAAGCCCCGUGUGAUGUCCAAAAGUGGUCACAGCAACGUGCGGAUAGACAAAGUUGAUGGCAUUUACCUACUCUACCUUCAAGAUUUGUGGACUACAGUUAUAGACAUGAAGUGGAGGUACAAACUCACCUUAUUUGCUGCUACUUUUGUUAUGACCUGGUUCCUUUUUGGAGUUAUCUACUAUGCCAUUGCAUUUCUUCAUGGUGAUUUAGAAAUAAACAAGUUCACUCCAAAGCGCGAGCCAUGCGUCAAGAAUGUAGACUCUCUGACGGGGGCAUUCCUGUUCUCCCUGGAGUCACAAACAACCAUUGGCUAUGGAUUUCGUUUCAUUACAGAGGAGUGUCCUCACGCCAUUUUCUUACUUGUGGCCCAGCUGGUCAUCACCACCUUGAUUGAAAUCUUCAUCACAGGUACCUUUCUGGCCAAAAUUGCAAGACCUAAAAAAAGGGCAGAGACUAUUAAAUUCAGCCACUGUGCCGUCAUCACUAAACAUAACGGAGAACUUUGCCUGGUGAUCAGAGUAGCAAAUAUGAGGAAGAGCCUUUUGAUACAGUGUCAACUCUCUGGGAAGCUUCUCCAGACAUAUGAAACAAAAGAAGGGGAGCGGAUCCUGCUGAAUCAAGCCAGUGUCAAGUUCAAUGUUGACUCCUCUUCAGAGAGUCCAUUUCUCAUUUUGCCCUUAACCUUCUACCACAUUUUGGAUGAAAGCAGCCCUUUGAGAGAUCUCACACCUCAAAAUCUCAAGGAGAAAGACUUUGAGCUUGUGGUGCUCCUGAAUGCCACGGUGGAGUCCACCAGUGCUGUCUGCCAAAGCAGGACUUCCUACAUCCCUGAGGAGAUCCACUGGGGCUACGAGUUCGUGCCUGUGGUUUCUCUGUCUCCAAAUGGAAAGUACGUUGCAGAUUUCAGUCAGUUUGAGAAGAUUAGGAGAAGCACAGAUUCUACUUUUUAUAGUAUGGACUCUGAGAAACAAAAACUAGAGGAGAAAUACAGGCAGGAGGAUCAAAGAGAGAGGGAACUGAGAACGAUGUUGUUACAGCAGAGCAAUGUUUGACUGAAUGGACAAACUAUUCUGAUUAAUCCUUUUUGCAAAUUGAAAAAUCAUACUGUCUGUGCUGUAUGUCUGCUAUGAAACCAGCAGUGAAGUCCUUUUCAGCAGAUAGCUUUGGUGUAUAGUAAAACUGUCCCUUUGACUGAGUUGUUAAGUAUUUUGUAAUUAGGCAGGAUUUAUUUGUUCAUGAUCGUGAUUUAGCAAAGUUGGAUUUGUAUUAAGUCUCUGCCUUAUACGACCACUAAAAGCAGACACAUCACUUUCUGUAUGGAAAGUGAAACUGGAUGCACUGUGCUGAUUCCUUCAAAUAUUUAUUUGACAUGGCUUUACUGUGAGCAUGCAUUCACAGAGGCAGCACACAGUACUGCUAGAAGAAAAUAUGCUCCUUUAAAAUAUGUAUAUUUAAAAUGCAUAUUCUCGCACCAGGUAUUGCCUUUGUGGGGAUCCCUGGCACUGAAAGUAAGUUUAUUUGAGAUACAAGUGGUUAGAUAGGGGAAGAGCCUGCAGGGAGGUGAUAAACUUCUUAAAUCUUGAAGGAGGGUGACAAAGUAGUUGUGAUGGGUGGUGAGGAAGGGAGCGUGCUCUCUGCUACUCAGAGCUUGUUUUGUGAUCACUCAUUUUUUUUAACCUUGUUAAAUGCCUGAUUUAUAUAUACUAGCAAAAAGGGGAGAUGAGGGCAAGAUACACAGAAUCAUAACAGUAAUCAAUUAUGAUUAAAGCUGGCUUUAAGGCACCUGUUUUUUAUCCAAUGUAAAUAGUUUGUAAUAGCAGCAUGACGAUACAUUUCUACAGAUUGCUUGCUUUGCUAAGGACCAUAUUUAAUUUUGGUUAAAAGAAAGCUGUAUAAUGUCUGUAGACAAUAUUUACUUUUUCUGGCAACCAUAAAGGACAAGCAUUCCUUUCAUUCAUUUCAUUUUUGGUCUAUUAAAACCAUUCCAUUAAUAAAGGAUUUAAUUU